UCGGGUUAUAUCAUAUCAUCAUAUCAAAAUCGAUUAACACCACUGCUGCGAUUCAGGGAGACAUACCGGCGACUCUGUGAGAAUGAAGAAAAAACGCGGCGGCAAAGGCAAGAAGACAAGAUCUUCCACCGAAUCACAGAAGAAGCUAUAUACGGUGAGAGUGUUUUAUGGCGGCUGCUUCCAACACAUCCCUGUGUUUAGCUACAGCAGCAACACACACAAAACCUACACUGACAUUGACUUGGAGGCUUGUAGUGUUGAAGAUUUGGAGGCUGAGAUACAUACCCAGCUACCGACUUUUGGUUCGUUGUACUUCAAGCGUAGGGUAUGUGGUAUUCGACUCUUGUCUGAUUCGACUAUAGCUGAAAUGGUAGAGCUUAGUAGGUCUGAUUAUGUUUGUGAAUUAUUUGAGUACCGCCCUAAUAUACCUGAAUGGGAUGAUGGUAAUGAUAAUUUAGAUGAAAAUGACUAUGACUAUGAUUUAGAUGGAAAUGACAAUGACUGUGAUGUUGAUGAAAAUAAUAAUGCUAGUGCUGGUGAUAAUGACUCUGGUAGGGAGGAUAGUGACUGCCAUAGCCACAGUGAUGAAGAGUAUGGGGAAAUUUUAAAGAUGAGUCGAUUAGAAAAAGAUAAAAUGGAUGAGCAAAGGAUGGAGGAAGAUUUAGAGAGUUUAGGGAGUGAUAGUGACUCUGAUAGUUCUUAUGAGAGUGGGAAUUUAGAUGAUAUUAGUAGUGAGGAAUCAGAUGAUGAAGUUUGUUAUGCAGCCCCCCCUGUUCUUAAAAAGGGGAAGGGUGUUGGUGAAUUGUUUAAUCCUAAAACAAAAGCAAAAGAUAUUAAGUGGAAGGUUGGUUUAAUAUUUACAGAUAAGAAACAAUUUAAAGAGGCUGUGAGGGCUAGUUCAAUGGAAUCUGGUAGGCCCUACAAAUACACUGUUGAUGAUAAAAAAAGAAUGCAGCUGGGAUGUGCUAAAGGGUGCCCUUUUAAGAUGUGGGCCACCUUCAUUGAAAGCAACCAAACUUGGCAGAUAAAAACACUAGUAGAUGAACAUAACUGCAUUUGGAAUUUCAACUUAAAUUUAGCUUAAUUAGUUUCUAGCUUAACAGUUUUCUAUAUAAGACCUACUGCUCAAAUACACCAUCUUAGGCUACAAACCAUUAAAUUCACUAA